CCUGCUGAUGGCGCUGUACCGGAGAAAAAGAACCGUAAACGCCAUUGAGCUGUUGAACCGGAGGAGUAGAGGUAUAAGAGAUGGUGGGACUCUGAUCAGACACAAUAUGAAGGUCCUUAGAGGUAUUCUCCUCCAGGACAGCAGGGAUUUCAUUAAAGUAUGGAGCAAGACCUCAAAAUCCACAAUAAUGUAUGAGAAUGGUAAAAUCUACUUUGAAAAUUACCAGAACUGCUACAGCUGUGUUCACUCAGAGCCUCAGGUUCUAUACAAACUGCCGAAGAGGUCUAAAUUGGAGAAAUUUGAAGAUGCCUUGCUGUGUCAGUGCCCAGUUGACAAAACAUUAGCCUCCCCCUCUGAUCAUAAACCCAGCCUCUUGGCUUUGACAGCCAAUAACUGGCUGUAUCGCCUUUCAGCUGAAACGGGAGAGGAGCUGCAGAGAGUUUACCUCUCUUCAAACCAUAAAUUCAGGUAUCUUGGCUGGGAUGUUUCUCAAGAGACACUUUAUGUUAAAUCUGUCCAAAACAAAGGAACAUCUUUAGCACGACAGGCAGGUAUCACUCAGAAUACAGUGAUGCACCUGGCCAUCUUUCAUGUUUUCCCCUUGCAAAUUGUGGGCAUUUUGGAGAUCAACAAAAAGGUAUUUGGAAAUGGUGUUACCGAUGUUGUUCUGUCUCAAGGUGUCCUUGCGGUGUCUUACAGCAACAAGUCAGUGAAGCUGUACAGCUUUGAGCACAUUGUCCAAAGGUACUUGACAGAGAAGUUAACGCUUGGAAAGCAGAGUUCACUUCCUGGAGGCAAAACAGUGGGAGAUGUUCCAUUUGGUAUCCCAGUAAAUAUCCAGAUCACAGAUUGCCCUCCAGUGCUUUUCGAGGUGUCAUGCUCUAAUAACGGUGUCCAGAUUGGAGGCUACCCAUGGCACUACAUCUACACACCACCGCAAAAAGAUCACAAGGGGACUCACCAUAUCUGUUCACUCAAGGACAGCACUAUGGCAACCAAUGGAAUACAAAACAUGGACUGCUGCUCUUUAGAGAGUGAUUGGAUCUUCUUCCACCCUGACGACUCAGGAAGAAUCAUUCAUGUUGGACCUACCACCAUAAAUGUCCGAAGAAUCCUUGGUGAACUGAACAGUGGUUUGCCAUCAAAGGUAGUUGAGGAUUUCUCUAUGACAACUCAUCGAAACAACAAUCCUACCUCACAAGUCACUGUCACCUCAUCGGGCCGCACAGUGAAGAGAAGAUUUCAUCAGCUGGAUGAUGACCCAGAUCAAGAGACUUUCCGUAUGGUGGAAUAUGAGGAUGAGCUGGACCUUUUGGCCGUAGUGGUAACUAAUGGUGAGGAGGGAGAAGGAAGAGCUCACAUCCGACUGCAUGACAAUCUGAGCGGGCAGUUACUCCGGACGGUUGAUCUGGUUGAACCUUGGGAUGAGACUUAUCGACAUGAGUUGUUCUUUGACAAAGACACAAUUGUUCUUAUUGAACAAAAGAACACCAACUUCUGCUGCCAUGUUUACAAACUCAAGGCUUCCAGAAAAUAAGUGAAUCAAGUUCCUGGAAAGCACAUCAUGGCUACUUUUUUAAGAUGAUGUAAAUAUGUUUCCAACAACUUUUCUGUUAAACUCAUAAUGAUGUUUUUCA